AUGGCGGCGCCACUGCCGCUCUGCGUGUUCGCGAAACCUCCGCGGCCUGGAAGGGCCAAGACGCGGCUGGCUGCCAGCAUCGGCGACGAUGCUGCUUGCAAGCUUGCCACAGCUUUUAUCAGCGAUUUCAUCUUCAUGGCGUCGAAUCUGAGUUGGGCCUAUCCAGUCUUGGCCACGACGGAAGACGGAAUGGAGCCGUCGAGCUUUCCGUCAGCAGCAUUUCCUUCAGAUGUGCACCCCGCCAGCGUUCCGCGUUGGCGGCAGCCUGAUGGCGAUCUCGGUGCGAAGUUGGAGGGGAUCGUCCGACAGGGCCUCGAGCUUGCCGAGGCAACCAUCUGCCUUGGGGCGGACAGUCCUGGGCGGCCGGCUCAGCGCCUCGAGGACGCGAGGCAAGCCUUGCUGAAGGGCCAUGAUGCAGUGCUGGGGCCUUCUGAAGACGGAGGGUACGACUUGCUGGCUUUAAAGCGCUGCCCUCCGGGGCUGUUGGCUGACUUGCCCUGGAGCCAGCCGACCACCUUCGAAGCCACAAAGAAGCGCUUGGAAGAGCGCGGGCUGCGAGUGGCUGUGCUGUCGAAGUGGUGGGAUGUUGACGAGGUGGAGGACCUCAAGAGGCUCCAGGAGCUUCUUCAAGACGAGGACUUUUCAGCGGAUGACGCUAGUUUAUGUGUAACAGUGUUCUCCUUCACCAAGGUCAUGGCAGAGGAUCAGCUUGCCGCCACGCAUUUGCCGGCUCUCAUGUCUUUCGGCUCGGUUGGGCAGACGGGUCUGCGCCCGACGCCCAUGGCAAUCAAUGCGAUCAGCGGCCCGUUGUCCAAUAGCCAAGAUAAAGGCAGCAGUGCCAAGCGGAAGGAGAUCUCAGAGGUGGCGGAAGAAGCAGCGGAGGAAGCUCCUGGGUACGGUGAUGGCGUAGAGUACUGGAAUAAAAGGUACAGAGGCGAUCCCAAUCCCUUCGAGUGGUUAGAGAGCUUCGCAGAGCUUGAGAGCCUUAUCAAGGAGGCCACGUCAGGUCGGACUGAUGCGUCCGUACUGCACGUGGGCUGCGGGAAUUCCUUGCUGCCCGAAGCGAUGUACGACCACGGCUACAAGGAUGUCACGAACAUCGAUGUGGCCGAGGUAUGUAUCCAGCAAAUGGCAGAAAGGAAUAGGACCCUGCGCCCAGAGCUGAAGUGGUUCGAGAUGGAUGCCACUGAAAUGGGCCUCAUAGAGAGCAGCUUCGACACUGUCAUCGACAAAAGCGUCCUUGAUACGUUUGCAUGUGGUGACAAUGCACCAAAUGUCAUCAACAAAUAUUUGCUGGAGGUCCAAAGAGUGCUGAGACCACGGGGCACGUUUCUCUGUGUCAGCUACGGUGUACCGAACAGCAGGCUGGACUACUUCAAGGGCAAGGGCUUGAACUUCGCCAUCAAGCAGGUGCCCAUCCCAGUGAAGCUUCCAGGUGGCAGCGUGCACUACGCCUACUUGUGUCGAAAGGGGGUCACUGCAAGGUGA